AUGGCGCUCGCACCUAAAUUCGCCGGCCAAAGAUUCACAGCAAUCAAUGCUCCUGCGCUGCAUACCCUAGAGCUUUACCUCGACUAUGUCUGCCCUUACUCCGCCAAGAUGUUCAACACAAUCUAUUCCUCGGUCCUCCCCUUGAUCCAACAGAAAUACCCGUCCAAGGUUCAAAUUCUAUUCAGACAGCAAAUCCAGCCAUGGCAUCCGAGUUCCACGCUUGUUCAUGAGGCUGCUGUUGCGGUUCUCAAGCUGGAGCCGGGAAAGUUCUGGGAAUUCAGCAAGGCACUCUUCGAUGAUGCCCAGUCCUUCUACGACGUGAACGUCGUCCAGGAAACUCGUAACCAGACUUAUUCGCGUCUCGCCAAGGUCGCAGCAAAGGUCGGACUCGAUGAGAAGGAGUUUUUGAAGCUGCUGUGGAUCAAUGAUAAACCGGCCUCGGAUGGGAGCCUGAACAUUGGUAAUGCGGUUACAAAUGAUCUAAAGGUGUUGGUGAAGAUGAACCGCUUGGUUGGCAUCCAUGUUACACCGACGGUAAUCUUUGAUGGGGUUGUUGAUAAUAGCAUCUCCAGCAGCUUUACUGGACAGCAGUGGGAAGAGUGGUUGGAGAAGAACGUUGCUUGA